GUCCUACACUGAAUGAAACUGACUUUUCGACGGCGGACAUUGUGGCUCUACGUAUUAAUUGUCAUCGAGGAAUGACCUUCCUCCUGUUUGAGCCGGAAUGUCGCCAGUUUCCUUGACGCUGUUGAAGAAGCACUGGAUGUGAAAACAGCGCCAUUUCUGUCGGCGUCCAUGAUAACGUGAUGCUACCGCAGCGGAUUCCAGAGCUCGAGCUCGGAACGGCAGCGGGAGAGAAAUAGCCGCUCCCCUUUCGCUGCUCCUCUUUACUUCAGCCCACGGCAGGUUGUGCCGGUGAAGUAAGACGUAGCCCCAAAAUGGAGCCCUCUGACUGACACACAAACACGUCCUGUGUUUAGCUCAGCAGCUGAGAUCUAUCAGCAGCAUAAGCCAUGCCUGACGAGUAAAAUCCCCCUUUUUGCUCAAAGCAAUAAAAAAAAAAAAAAAAAAAAAAAAAAAAGAUAAAAACAUCCUACAUGCCUCCCCAUGUAGUGCCCCUUCAGUGCAUCCUGCUGGAGUGACUGCCCCCUUUUCCUAGGUUCAGCCUCAUCCUCUCUAUACCUUUCUCCACUGACCACCCUACAGUAACUACCCAUCACAAUGCUGCUCCACCUGAGAAUGGCCAACACCUGAGGUCCCAUGCGUCCAGUGAGCACCGAUUCGGACGGUCCUGCUCCUCCUGAAAACCUCUCUUGCCCCUACCCCCUUGUGGGCCCCCUUCCUGUCUCAGAGAUGUCCCUGCUCCAGUCGCUGGGUCCAGUACAAAGCUGGCUUGGUCAGGAGCUGGAGAAGUGCGGGAUUGAUGCCAUGAUUUACACCCGCUAUGUCCUCAGCCUUCUCCUGCAUGACAGUUAUGACUACGACUUGCAGGACCAGGAAAAUGACAUCUUCUUGGGCUGGGAGAAGGGAACUGGGAAGAAAUGGGGCAAGAGUAAGAAGAAAGGUGGGACUGACCUGAGUCUUGAGGAAAUGAAGAAGCAGGCUGCUGUUCAAUGCCUCCGCUCUGCAUCUGAUGAAAACUCUGGAAUUGAGAGCCUGGUUGAAGAGCUUUGCUCUAAACUAAAGGACAUCCAAAACAAACAGAAAGAAGAAAAACAGAUUCAAAAGAAAUCUGAUGGCUCUCAGUCUCCAGAGCGAGCUGAGUCCCCCUCUUCAAAGGACCAGGUGGAAAUGUAUUAUGAAGCCUUUCCUCCUUUGUCAGAAAAACCUGUUUGUCUCCAAGAGAUCAUGACGGUGUGGAACAAGGCUAAGGCCUGUGCAUACUCAAGUUCAUCAUCCUCUGCAGCCCCACAGACCAGUACAGACACAUCUUCCCCAAAAGAUUGCAACAGUGAAGGCGAGGCUGCAAAGGAGCGAAAUCUUGAGGCAUGCGGUACCAUUGCUACUGUGACCAAUGAGAGAGGCCAGCAACGACGAAGCAAGAAGGAGAAAGAAAACCGAUACCAUGGUUGUGCAGCAGCAGAGGAGAAGUCUGUUAUCCACUCCAAGAGACAGAUAAGACACAGAUCUGAGGGCAAAUACAGACCCAGAUCCUGGUCUUCUGGCUCAAGUGAGGCAGGCUCAAGCUCAAGUGGGAACCAGGCUGACUCUAAGUCAUCCAGAAGCAAGGCAGUUAGAAUCAGGCACAAAUCCAGGGAGGCUGCAAAGAAUAAGAGAACACGCAACAGUGGGCAGGUGAAGGUAAUCGACAAAGAGGAGCGGAGAAACGCAGGAGGGAGCAGUAGCAGCACAACUGGAGGUGCUGCCAAACAACAACAGCUUUACAAAAAGGGGAAGAAAUCGCUGAAGGAGAUUCGUAAAGAUCCAGGCUGGAAGGAAGGAAAAGAGACCGCAGUUGAGGCCAGUAACAAAAAGGAGUAUAUGGAGGAGCCACUUUGGUACACUGAGCCCAUCACAGAAUAUUUUGUACCUUUCAGCAGCAGACAAAGUAAGCUGGAAACAAAAUAUCGAAAUAAAGUAGACUCUGUGGAUGGCUUUGCUUUGUCAACUGACAUGGAUAGGCUACCAGAGAGAAUCCAGGGAAUCUGCAUUGCCAAUGAGAGCUACCAGAGAGCAUACUUAGCAGCGGGCUCAUUUGUGGAUGGGCACUUUGUAGAAGGGCCAGGCGAGGCAGAGGAUGAAGCUGCUGAACUCACUGGGACCUCAAGCUGCCCUCAGCCAGAGGAUAGUAGAGAUUUAGAUGACAAGCAUCUGUGUGAAUUCACUCACUUCUAUGAAGUAGAUAUAUAUCAAUCCAUACUGGAUACUAGUGCCUCAGACUCUAUACAAGAGAGUCGGAUCUUAAGCAUGAUUCGACAAAAAAGCAAAGAGCAAAGAGACAUUGAGGGAGAAUGUUGUUUAGUGUUAGAUGGCCUUGAGCAGCAAGGGAAAAGUGCAAUACGGGCAGACUCACAGGAAGCUUCGGGAUCUGUUGAAUUCUUAAUGGAGGAUCUUGAAAACAUUGCUCAAGUGUGGGGAUGUUAUUCACCAUCUACUUCAGAAGAUAUAGAAGGAGAAAGCUUCAUAGGAGACUCUCCCAUUCGGCUCUCACCCCUUCUUGAUAGUGUUUCAUUCACACUGAGCAGACUAUCUGGAAAUCCGGAAGAGCCACCUGUUCCUGAAGCCACCAGUGAACCAUCUGGUUUGAACUCAUCCUGCUUCUCUCUUUUUGAGCUGCAGUAUGACAGCCCCACUUUUCCUUUUCCCUGCGACUCACUCACCGUUGGUCAUGAAAACAACACAGAUUCUAGUAGCUGUCUCGACCCACAUUCUAACAAACAGUCUCGUUUGCUAAUAUGGACCAAAAAUAGUGCCUUUGAUGAAACUGAACACUGUUCUAACCUUUCAACACGAACUUGCAGUCCGUGGUCACAUUCAGAGGAGACUCGUUCAGACAAUGAGCAAGGAAAUGUUCCGACAGAGGAUCCUGCUCAAAUUGGCAAUGAAGAGCUUGAUUGUAUGAUCCCUCCUCUCUCUGGUACAUAUUUGGAAGAUGAAAUCUUGGAUUUUUUGCAAGAAAACUCUGGCCGAAAAUGUGAGGAGGUCAGUGUUAGUUCAGCGUCCAGUCAGACCUUCACCAAAAAAUCGAAAUUGGAGUCCAUUUGUGGUAUAGCAUUAGAAGAGGAUGAGAGUAAACAGUACACCACUGGCAUGUUUUCAGACAACACGAACCAACACAGUGAUGACUACAGCUCAGGGAUAAUAAAGGACAUUUGGACUGCGAUAGGAGAUGACAAAUCUGUAAUUUCUAGGCAAGGAACAGAAAAAACAAGUGAGGGGCUAUUCUCAGAUGAGUCAAGUGGUUACUGCUGCAGUUGUCUGGAGGUGCAGGCAAAGGGAGUUCCAAUUCAGGGACCUCAGAAGAAAGCAGUGCAGCGAUCAGAGUAUCACCUUUGGGAAGGCAAGAAAGAAGAACAGGACUUAGCCAAAAACAAACUCUCCAACGUAGAUGGUGCUGGGGAUUACAUGACUCCGUCCAAGCCCUGGGACCUGAGCUCUGACAAAGACAGUACAUCGUUCAUCCUAGGAGGGGUGUAUGGAGAGUUGAAGACACUAAGUGGUGAUAAAAACUGGGCUGUCGUGCCACCAGGUGACACUCAAGAUAGCCUGCUACAGUGUGCUGCUGCAGCCGCAUCUGCUUCUAGCUCAGACAUGCUUACUAUCACUGGCACAGAUGUGUUCAUGAACACUGGCAGCUGCUUUGCCCCUGGGCACAGGCCCCUGUGGAGGCCACUUGUGUCCUUUGGGCAGAGUGACCAGGCCAUUAGAGGAAGCGGAGAUGGAUUGAAUAAGGGAUUUUCUUUUAUCUUCCAUGAAGAUUUGCUUGGAUCUUACGGAGGCUUGCAUGGUGAGGAGCAAGGUUUAGAAUACCCGUUUGCAUCCUUCAGCCUGAACAAUCCCUUCUCUCAAGUCCUCCAUGUUGAGUGUUCUUUUGAGCCUGAGGACAUGGCUUCGUUCAGUCCAGGGUUCAAGCCGAAAUCUAUUCUAUGCUCGGACUCUGAGAAUGAAGCCUUCCACUCACGAAUAUAUGGCAUCAACCGGACACAGUACAGGGCCAUUCGCAUUUCCCCCAGGACUCAUUUCCGACCAAUAUCAGCCUCUGAGUUGUCUCCGGGUGGAGUGAGUGAUUCAGAGGCUGAGACUGACAAAGACGAGAUGAGUUUUCCUGCCCUGGCACCGGUGGACGUCUUUGAUGAUCCUCAGGCGGAUCUCAAACCUCUGGAGGAGGAUGCAGAAUGUGAGGGCCCUUAUUAUGGGAAGUCAGAACUGGAAUCUGGUAAAUUUUUACCCAGAUUAAAGAAGUCUGGCAUGGAGAAGAGUGCCCAGACCUCACUGGAUUCGCAGGAGGGCACCAGUACCCUCCUGCCAAUCACUGAGCAAGAGAUUUGCUUAGACUGCAAAACGGCAGCAUCUGCAUCAACUGCAGGUGGAGAAACCGUCAUCUCAGUAGGCAAGAUUCAAAAGGAGGAAUCUUCAGGUGAAAAACAGUCCUGCUUAUGUGCACCAGCAGGUCAUAUUCCCAAGUAUGGGAUUGCUUAUGACUUUGUUGGAGAUGUACCAGAGUUCCCUCUGUUAAAUGUAAGUGGACAGGGAGGAACUGGCAACCAGCAAGAUGAGUGCUGGUGGCAGAACACACUCUGUUCCCCCCUUUUCCCUGGAUCUCAAUGUACAGGGAGCAGCAACAUUUGAAUACUCCAGUUUUGCAGAGGACAUCUGUCAUAGAGAGGAAACCUUCCUCUUCUUUUGUGACUGGACCUCUACCAGCAAAGAUUCAGGGUCAUCUCAGAGCUGGAAAACCUAAUGUAGGCUAAUUUCUGGUUUUCAUUACUAACUUAAAAUCUUGUGUAAUCAGUCAGAUCAACAAAAAGUGUGUGGAAAAUAGGAAAACUCAAAAAAUAUGUUCUGUCUUUGAGUGAUGCCAUGUGCAGACAUGCAUUUAGAAUUUGUUUCAUUUGAUUCUUCUGUACACUGGUCCUCAUUCAAGUUUCACAUUUAAGUGGUAGGGACAAUCUUUUGCUCUAUCCUUGUCAGUUUUGUUCCCACCAUUUUGCUUUUGAACUAGGAUACUGGUUGUUGGUGGUGUCUGAAUGGUUGUGCAUGUGUGUUCGUCCAGCCAGUCUCACUCCUCUUUUUCAAGUUGAACCUAAUGUUGUGCGACACAACUGCUAUUGCAUCCUCUACUUUCCAUCUUGUGUUCAGAAAGAUGCUACAAGGAUGUUGAGAUUUUUGAGUUGUGUAAGAAUUUGAGAGUUUAAAUAGUUUGUUUUGAUGACUUUCUGAAUGUGAAGUGGAGAAUGUGUGCAGCUUUCUUCUCAAUAUCCCUAAAUUCCCCUUGUGUGAACCUUAUCAAAAAUGAGUCUGAUUUUUGAAUGGUGAUAGUCUUACAAAAACUAGUAGUAGACAUAGUAUGGUUUGUGAGGCUAAAAUAAAAAAAUCAUUUGAAAAAUAAAAAAACAGGAAAUCAAAAAGAGUUUUGUUGGGGGAAAAAAAUACUAAUAAUCUACUUGAAAUGCAAUGCAGUAAAAGAAUCUGGGGGAAAAGUUUGUGUUUUGGGGUAAAGACCCAUCAUGAAAAGACAUAACUACAGCCAUUUUUGCAGACAUCUGUGUUGCAACUGAAUGAAACUUUGUUUUUUUUUUUGUAAUUUCUAUGGUACAGACUAUUGGUGCUAUAAAUAUGUUCAAAAAAAUUUGGAUUUGAAUUUCCAUAAUAUGGCUGUGAUAAGUAGAUGCAUAGCCAAGUUUUGUUUGUAGUCCAGACAGUCAGACUCCAUGAAUAUCUUUUUGCAAAAAUUGUGAAAAGAAAAAAAAAAAAAAAAGAAAAAAAAAGUUUUGCCUGAUCGCAGUUCUUGCUUAAUGUGGCUUGAUUUUUAUUUUAAGGUAACCUGUAACAGCUGAAGCAGUUUUCUACACGUCUUUUCCGUUCAUUGUCCCUGAGCAGACAGGACAAAAUCAGCAGGGACUGAUGAUCAAUCAUCCAUGCUGCAAGUAAACAAAUAAAUAACAAACAAGUGGUGGGGCAAUGGUCAAACCAAAAACAUGGCAUAAUUACACUAAGGUACAAAUGCUUUUUUUCCAUAUGAGGUGUGUUUUUUUUUGGUUUACAGUAUAUCUUGUUGAAAUAUUGAGUAACGUCUCACUGUGUGCGCGUGUGUGUGUGUUAGCAACAGAACUUGUGAAGGCACUGGUUCAGAAUGAGUGUACUAGAACUUUAUCUCAGAGAAAAGUGAAUGUAUGCAGAGACAUAUAUUCACAAAAAUGCAAAUGCAUUAAUUUCCCCUAAAUUUAAAACACACCUGAAAAAAUUAGCUACAAACCUUUGAGGUCUGGUUGGACUGGCCCUUAUUGUGACAUGUGCUUUGAAAAUGAAAUUGAGUUAAAGCUUCUGCAGAUAAAUGCAUUUUGCAUUUCUUAAUAUCUUUUUUUGUUUGUUUUUUUUUUUAAAUAGGUUGAGUACAGUAGGAAGAUGACUUAUUGUCCUAUUGCCAUGUGAUAUAAAAAUGAAGCCCAGCUAACUAAAUUCAUCCCUCCAUUGAAUAACAACAUGUCAGCAGUGUGAGCAGACUUGCUGUAAUGCACUGUCGCAGGUGAAGGUGUCCAUAUUGCAGGCAUGGCUUUGGAAAUGGCUUCCUCAUUGUGUGUAAAGGCCCAAGGUUUUGUUUAAUCAGAUGCCACUUCAACUGAAAACGGACCCUUCCUCAAGCAGCUGAAUGAAAGGUACUCCAACUUCAGGGUCUUCUCACCUUUCUUUGACAGUCAUUGGACACUCAGGAAUUUUUUAAUAUAAUUGUAUGCUACACUCAGACCUGUGACAGUGCAUUGAUGCAUUAAUAUAAAAUCUUUUUUUGAUUGUAGAGCAGAAAUUAUUGACAGGAAUUCUUUCCAAGCAAACCAGAGGUGACUGUCAUUAAUUUGGGGCAGGGGAGGGGGGAUAAAAACAAGCAAGCCAUUGUAGAUUGCAUAAGCAAUGUGGAGGGGAAUUCAAGUGCCCUGAGUCCUAUGCAAUACCUUGGCGCAUGUAAACAUCCAAGAAUAUAUGGAGAAAAGUCAUUCAGUUAAUUUUGCACGUUGAUUACUUUUGAGUGAGGGACACCUGAAGGGGGGGGGAAUAAAUAAAUGAACAGUGGAAUGUCACUAAAAAUGCAGCAUGCAAACAUCACACUCCAUCUUUUUAUGUUGGAUUAAACAAAAAAAAUUGCUUUAAAAAAAAAAUACAAGUGAGGUUAAAAUCUGUGAUUGAAAGACUGCUAUGACUGUGUGCAUGUGUGAAUCUGAGUGUGCAAGAAACUAAAGUCACAAAAAGCACUUACUUAGGAGUUGAAAGGAAUGCAUCACACCUUUCUCCAUUUAAUUCUUCCAUUUUGAUAGGCCGUGAUUUUUUUUUAUUUGUUUUUUUUUUUGUUUUUUGUUUUUUGUUUUUUUUUUUUAAGUAUGACGAGAAAAAAAAAUGCAUUCAGUGAGGGUAUAUGCAUUUGGAACGACAUUGAAAGAAUGGAGAAGUUUCGAUAUUACUCUGGUUUGAAGAACAUAUCCAGCACUGAAAACUUUCCUCGUCUUUUCAUUCCCACCAAGAUGCUCCUUCACCCUCCUUGUUCCCUUGUUACAUGUACACCCUGAAUAAGUUGUUUUGUUUCAUUGUGGAUUUUCUUAACAUCUAAUAAAUGAAUAAACCAAACCUCA